AUGGGAAUACAACCAUUAGUACCAGUAACUGGAUCUUAUUUAGAUUUAGAUAUGAAUAAUCAAUGUUAUAUCAAUUGUCCGAUAUUAAGAACUGUCUAUGGAUGGCAUUUAAAUGAUGAAUAUAAUUCGGCUUUGAAAAAAGCAGAACGUUUUCGUUCAUAUUACGAAGAAUUAUACAGAGAACGACAUUGGUUAAUCAAAAGUCUUUUCCGAUCAAAUGCGACGGUUAAAGAUUCAAUUUAUGCCUUUAAAAAAGGUUAUUUAGAUUAUAUUGACAAAUCGAGAGAUAUUAAUACAUGGCAAGAAAUUUCCAAUGCGCUUAAAUCUGCUAGUGAAAACGAAGAUUCAAAGUUCGUUGUUUAUGCUUAUACUCUUUCACAAACGUUUGGUAAAAUAAUCAAAAAGGAUAUGGCGAGAAACACUUUUCAUGAAUUUACUCUUUAUUGCACACCACUGAAUUGUACUGUCUUAGCAUGUACACAAGAUGGCAUUCAAGCAUUUCUUGCUUCAAUGUUUCAUUCCAGUUUGAAGGACUUCGUAUGUGAAGGUCAUUUUACUGUAUAUCGUGGUGCGGUUAUUGAUGAUUUAAAGCUAUUGGAAGGAUAUGAAAAUGGUUCUGUAAUUAUAACGACGACAUUUUUGUCAACUUCAACAGAACAAAAUGUUUCAAAUACAUUUAAAGAUAGAAAUUCUAAUAAUCCAAAUGAAAUAUCUGUUUCGUGUACGUAUCUUCUUCAUAACCGUCGACAUACAGCUCUUAACAUAUCAAGUCUAUCAGCAUUCCCUAUGGAAGGAGAAAUAUUACUUUAUCCUUAUGUUCCCUUUCGAAUCAUUUCAUUUGAAAAACAUCUAGAGCAAAAACAAAUUAAUGUGGUUUUAGAAGAAAUUGAUGAUGUGGAAAACUGCAAUGCUGCUCUAUUUGUUUAG